AUGGUCUUGACAACGAAGCACCCAGCAGCCACACAUCAUUCAUUUGUACGUCUCUCUUCCCAACACAGACAUUCCAAGAGGCUCUGCGCCUGCACCCCACCGCCCCCAUAUUUCCGCGAGAGGUACAUGCACUUCGCUGCUUUGGCUUACAGGUCUGCCAUGCUACUGUUCCGUUGCAGGCGUCUGAGGAUGUUGUGCUGGGCGGCAAGUAUCGUCUUACUGCAGGGUCCCGCAUUCUGUUCAACCAGCAGGCGCUUGCCUGGAACACCGAGCUGUGGGGGCCCGAUGCCAAGAAAUUCAAACCAGAAAGGUGCGUGCGACAAAACAGACAGGGCAAAAAAGGAAACGAGCAAAUGUGCUCCUGUGUGUGUGCGAGUGUCUCUCUCUCUCUCUCUCUGUGUGUGUGUGUGUGUGUGUGUGUGAAUGCCUCUCAGGAUGCAACGCCCCGAUUUGGCCGACCUGGACAACUACUUCCCUUUCGGCUUUGGCCAAAGGUAUUGACCACAACGACGCAUGUACUCUUCAUGUGUGUGACAUCAUCCAUCCAGGAUAUGCAUCGGCAAGCGGCUGGCCUACGUCGAAGGCGUCUUCCUCCUUGCGCACUUCAUCCAGGACUUCCAUUUGGCCGUGCCGUCAGACUUUGCGCCGCGAUAUGAGGUGCGAGUGACGCUGCGGAGUGCAGACGGCAUCACGCUGCUGCUGACGCCAAGGGCACACGAUUGA